GCGGCGGCGGUGGCGGGGAGCAGCCGGCUGGAGGUGCCCGCCGUCCCGACCGGAGCCAGCUCCGCGCGCCCCAGCCCCAGGCUCCGGUCCGCCCGGUGACAGCCGCGGGGGCGCCCAGCCUGCUAUGGGGGUGCCGUCCCUGCUGCUGUGCCUGUCCAUGGCCCUCCCACUGCUUCUCGGCGCAGAUGAAUGCCAGGACAUCCGUGUGCUAACCGAGGCACCUUCAGCAAAUCAGCCUUUUGCCUUUAACUGCUCAUUCCCUCUGCUGACUUCCAAAGCACGUGUGACGUGGUACAGACACCCUAGCAAAGUCCCCGUCUCCACCAACACUCAGGCCAGGAUCCACCAGGAGCAGAGCUGGAUCCUGUUCCUCCCCGUGGCCUGGGGGGACUCGGGGACCUACCAGUGUGUUAUAAAUGAUACAGACAUGUGUCUCCGAGUACAUGUAAACCUAACUGUGUUUGAAAAAUACGGGUGUCGCAUUUCCAGAAACCGUCCAAUGAGUUUACCAGGCGGGCACGAACAGAUACUGCAUUUCGGGAAAGAUGACAGCCUGACGUGUCAUCUGAAUUUCCCGAAGAGUUGUGUUCUGGACUCAGUAAAGUGGUAUAAGGACUGUAAAGAGAUUAAAGGAGAGCGGUUUACUUAUUGGGGAAUAAAGCUGUCAGUGAACAAUGUCUCGGCAGAAGACAGGGGGAGCUAUGCCUGCGAAGCCAACCUGACACACGCAGGGAGGCAGUUCACCGUGUCCCGGAGAAUUGCUGUGAAUGUCACAGAAAAUGUUGGACAUGAAGGAAGAAUCCCUAAAAUAACAUAUCCAAUAAACAAUACAAUUGAAGCACAACUUGGCUCCACCCUUACCGUGAACUGCACCAUCACAGACUCCAGGGACAACACCAACCUGCGCUGCUGGAGGGUCGGCGGCACUUGGGUGGACGUGUACUACCGAGAGUCCAAGCGGGUCCGAGAAGGAAACGAAACCUGCGUUGCUUUUAAGGAACAUGCUAUUUACACAGUUAGCAUAACCUUUUUAGAAGUGAAAAUGGAAGAUUACAGCCAGCCCUUCACAUGCCAUGCUGGUGUGUCUGCAGCACACUUCACGCUAAAGCCCCCAGCGCCGGACGGGCGAGCUGACCUGAUGGGCGGGCUGCUGGCCGUGGCGGGCGCGGCUGCGCUCGUCCUGUGCGUGUCCAGCAGGUUUAGGAUCGACAUUGCGCUUUGGUACCGAAGUGCCUUCCACUCCACCGGGACCACAGCAGACGGGAAGCUGUAUGAUGCGUACGUCUUGUACCCCAAGCCUCCCCAUGACUGCCGGAGCUCUCAUGUGGACACGCUGGUUCUGAGAGCGCUGCCCGAGGUGCUGGAGAGGCAGUGUGGAUAUAAGCUAUUUAUAUUUGGCAGGGAUGAAUUUCCUGGACAAGCUGUGGCCAAUGUCAUCGAUGAAAACGUUAAGCUGUGCAGGCGACUGAUCAUCAUCUUAGCUCCUGAACUGCUGGGCUUUGACCUAUUAAAUAACAUGUCAGAAGAACAAAUUGCAAUCUACAAUGCUCUCAUCCAGGAUGGGAUGAAGGUCAUUCUGAUUGAGGUGGAGAAAGUCCAGAGCUAUGCAUCCAUGCCAGAGUCGAUCCAGUAUCUCAGACAGAAGCAUGGGUCUGUCCAGUGGAGCGGGGACUUCACAGCAGAGUCACCAUGUGCAAAGGCCAGGUUCUGGAAAAAAGUGAGAUACCGCAUGCCACCCAAAAGGUUUCCACCACCUUCUCCAGCCAGCUGCUGA